AUGGAAGAGAAAAUUGCUAAAAAUCCUCUAGACAAUUAUUGGAUACAGGUGAACAUGACCAUCAAUCACCUGCUUGGUAUGAUUGACGGCUACGAUGCACAACUUGGGCGUCGACUAGGAGUUCAGGAAAUUGUUUCACAUCCUCUAUUCCUCAUCCAGCUAGCUGGUGACAUCGAAGAUUUGGCAAUAAAAUUCAAGAAACCAGAAACUCGUAGAAGUCGAUUGGCGGGCACUGGUCAUUGCUCAGCACUAGUAAAGGUACUCCCUGAUCACUCUGAUAUUUACUUUUCGCAUGUGACAUGGGCUUCUUAUUCUUCUAUGCUACGUAUGCAGAAACGCUAUACUUUUGCCACUUCAGAUCCUGGAAGAAGCUAUGCUUUCAGUGGUUAUCCAGGAUCUAUUCCAUCUGUCGAUGAUUUCAUAGUCACCUCUUCUCGCUUGGCUAUCUUGGAGACCACUAUCAGUAAUUACAACGAAAAGCUGGAUGAGUACAUGACGCCAGAAAGUGUAUUAUGCUGGAUUAGGACGCAGGUGGCUCAUCGUACUGCCUCAUCUGGUGUCCGAUGGGCGAAGACAUUUGCAAAAUACAAUUCUGGCACCUACAACAAUCAGUGGAACAUCCUUGAUUAUAAAAAAUUCCGUCAAGGUCAGCAGGACAAACUUCUCCAUGGUCUGCUGCAUGUGUUGGAACAGCUACCGAACCAUGUUGUACACACCGACAUGACGCAUACUCUGCUUCGACAACAAUAUUGGCCAAGUUACAAUUCGCCAUAUUUCCCAAAAAUCUUUGAAUGGUCUGAGACCGACAAAAUGGUGGAGAAAUUCGGAGACUGGUACAGCAACGUGGUGUUGCUUGACACCAUUCUCGACAAGUGUGCUGCAACAACAAAUGGUGUUGCUCAACUGCAUGUGCUAUCACAAAGCGGUGAUACUCGCUACUGCCGCAAGUAG